AUGAUAACUGUUUUAGGGCAUUUUGAUUCAGUUGGAAGACAUACAUGGAGCAGAUGGAGAGAAAGUAUAAGUUUGCAAGUGGAAGUUCACAUCAUGCAUGUUAGAGAUGUUGGAUGUGUGGGUGUGAUGGGCGAUUAUCUCAUUGCUUUGAUAAAAUUAUGGCAUGAAUCCAGGGAACAUAUUAUUGAAGGCACAAAGAAUAGUAGUUUCAUCAUAGUUUCAUAUGAUGAGAUUAAAUGGAAUAAAUUAACUUGGAGCGAAGUUGAUUUCAGUAAAGGGUAUUUUUGUCCUUUUCAGAAAGCAAAGGUAAGAGUACCAAUAUUUAAAGGUGAAAAAGCAGCUAUUUGCUACAAGAUCACCACAUCGUUAAUGCCCAAUUGGUCUUACAGUUGCAAAACAAUGGACCAGUUUCAAGUGUUUUGUAAUCAUGAUGAAAUUUCAGUGGGUCAACCAUAUGUUACAUACAUAACUUCAGGAGCUCUUAACUAUCUUGACUAUGGAUCUAUGAUCUUUAUGGAAAAUAGCAUACCAAUACAAGUUGCAGAAGUAAAAGAUGGGAAAUAUACUUCUAUUUUCCCUAAUUUUAUCAUUACACCAUUUUUUUUAAAUUUCCAAAAGCCACCACCACCCUUCCUCAUCGACGAUGUUGUUGCUUCUUCACCACCCUGCUUCACCAUAAACUUGACCAUCACCAUAAAACAUGUUACUUGUUUUAGAUAUGAGUAUCGACAUCGUAAGGAGAAACAUGGGAAGGGUAGUCAAAGAAAUGGAGAGGUGUUGCACCGAAUUUGGUGCUUUGGACCGAGACUUCAUGAGCUGCUUCUUAUAAGUUCUAAUGCCACAAUUGCACUGGUCUUUAAUUGUUCCAUCAUUAUAUAUUUACUCAUCAUCCUAUCUCUUAAGGUUACUUACUCUACACACAAGUUUGUUGGCUUUCCUCUUGUUGGACAAUAUUGCCCUUUUCCUAUUUUCACUUGUUAUGGGAGAACUCAAAAAACUUAUACAGGAGCUCCAUAGCUAUUCCAAUUGUAGAAGAUCAAACCUCAAGAAGCAUGGAAAAGCUUAAGUCAGACCAAUGUUUGCUGUUAUAAAUAUCAAUGGUGUUGUUGAUCAACUUACAUCUCUUUAAAGUUUGGUCUAUUAUAAUCUUUAAUUUUGUAUAUAUUUAGAUCUAUACUUUGAACCAACUUCCUACAGGUUGGUUAUACAAUUUAUUCACAUGUUCGGGAAACAUAAAUAUCAUAUAUGUCAUGAUCUAAAAAUGAAACUAAU